AACAGGGCGUAUCCGCUCAGUACAGAGCAGGAAACAUGUUGGUGUGGGCAGGCGUUCCCUCCUUUGGUUGAGUUUUGUCCAGAGUUUGGUUCCGAGAAGACACCCAACCGUCGCCCCUCCACCAGCCUAACGGCCAGCCUCGGGUCUUUCAAUGGCUAAUCCUAUCACAACGAACACCACAAAUACUGAUAAAGAGGGUGAAGGACCUGGCUCAAACUAUUUAGCUUUUGCCUUAGUGCUGGCUUUCUUCUUUGUGGGCCUUACCGGGGUGGUGGUCUGCCACGUGCUAAAGAAGAGGGGCUACCGGUUCACCACCGCUCAGUCAGACAACGAUGAUUAUGAUGAUGUGUUUGAGGAUGGUGACGAGGAGAUGGAACGACGAGAUCGGCAAGAGACCAUGAGUGAAAACGACGACACAGUUGGACAUAUUAUCCAAUGCAUCAUGAAAAAUGAAGCAAACUCUGAUGCUCUGAACGCCAUGGUUCCCAACAUCAGCAUUGAUUUAGACACUGCAGGGUCCCCACCGCUCACCCCCGUAUCACCGGUGUCGCCUCCAGGAGCAGGCAAGCUCCCAUUCAGCCAGCUGCAUACCAUCGGCGGCGUGAACGCCGGCGAGAACAAAUUGCCGCUGAUGAAGAGGCCCUCGCAACGAAAGUCAAUCAGGCGCCGUCCUAGUCAAGUCACGGUCCUCUCUGUGGGCAGGUUUCGUGUGACAAAGUGUGAUAAAUCAGGAAAGGAGCGAACCACUCUGGACUCUGAAGGCAGCUACCACUCGGCGUCAGCAGACGUCCCCUCCAACAGCAAAGUCAUGACACAUUCCCCUAAGGAAAAGACAGAAGACUGAGAGGAGUGAUAGAAGUUCAGUUUUCCACAUGGAGAGCAGGACCAACAUCUCGGCACUUUAGAUUUCUUUCUUUCUUCAUACUUCGGAGGGACGAACAGAUCCAGAAGGGAUCUUGUCCUAUUACUGCUCCACCGGUAGUAGAAUCUGCUGCUGAGAACCUGCUGGACAAAAGAGGAAGAACAUUUGCAUGUGUCUUUUUUUCCUUCCUGCAGUAGAGUUCCAACAGUGCCUGGCUCAGAGGCGGGACAGCAGCCUGAUGCUACGAGCUGAGUUUGAGCCAGGGCUUUCAGUAACUAUGGCAACACACCAAAGUGCUCCAUGACGGAUGUAUGUAUAUAUGUUUUUAUAUGUAGAAUAAUAAAAUAUAGCAUUUUUGUGUGUUAUAUCAAUUUAAAUUAUAAAAGAAACCUAGACGCAGGCAGAGACAGAGCUCUUGUUCUAAAACAGGAAGCUGGAACAAACUGAUGCAGCACCAGGAGAUCCACCGGGGAUAUGUCACCUCCUGUAGAACUGUCACAUGAACUCAAAGUGCUUUUUACCAUCUUUCAUCAAGUUUUUACAGUUUUUUUUUUUCUUCCUUUUUUUAUUUUUUAUCUAAUUAUAUUGUUUUUUUUUUUUUUUGUUCUGUCUUGUCUCAAUAAAGAACUCUAAGUCAAACUAGAGAAAAACUGCACUUCCUACAAAAAUUGCAGCGUGAAUGCCAUAAGCUGAAUAUUUUUUAGUGUAAAUAGCAUAUGCAUUUGAAGUCAACUGCAGAAAUGUAAGAAAUGGGCAGAAGGAGGGUCAAAAUUAGGGUUUUAAGGAGUCAUCACUCCAUCAUAAAGAAAUGAAACAUGCAAAAAUAAAUCUUGAAAAGCCAA